AUGUCCAGGCCGGUCAUUGCCCCUGUGAGCGUCAACGCGACAGCUCCGGAAACCUUUGAGGUCCUGGACCAGAGGAUGAGAGUCGUGGAAGAUCAGGCGAGCACACUGCUGAAGGAUUUGGAGGCACUAGGUGCGAAUGGCUGCAGGGUGGAGUUCUUCCCUUGCAAACCUUUGGAGCGCUCUGAAGAUUGCCGCCCCGUCAGCCCCCUUUGCGCUCGAGGGGCAUUUGGCGGCGAGAACAACACGCUGUGGAAAUGCUGUGAACAGCUGGUGAGUCGGAUGUGCCGCCUGGAGAGCGUCGUUCAGACCCUGAGGCUGAGCCUGUUCCGGCUGCAGACUGAGAAAGACCUGAAUCCGCAGCACGCAGCCAAUCUGGAGCAGCGCCUGAACACGAUCCAGAAGGAGCACCUGCAGGAGCUGAAGACGCUGCAGGCGGAAGGGUGGUCACUACGCCAGCAACUGAGCGACUCGCGAGAGGAGGCAGAAAAAGCCUGCGAGCGAGCAGAAAGGCUCAGCGCUGCCCUGGAGAUUGCAACGGCGACCAAGAGAGACGUGGCCGUUGCUGCAAAGGAGCUGAGGGCGACAAAAAAUAAAAUGAACCACAACCUGCAGGAGGUAAAACAGCAGCUCUCUAAGGAGUCUAGCAUGAGGAAGUCCUUGGAAGAAUCCCAAGAAGUCCUGCUGUAUCGGGUGCAGGAUAUGGAGCAGACGGUGGAGAAUGAACGGAAGCAGGUUCACAUUCUGCAGCUGGACUGCAACAGCCUGCACGAAGACAUUCAGGCAGCUCAGGAGAGGCUGCGGGAGGAGGAGGAGAGGGCAGUCCGGCUGGAGCAGGAAUGCGCGCAGCUCAGAGCUGAUCUAGAAUCCCGAGAGAAUACCAUUUCCAAGCUCAGCGAAGAAGAAAAAGCUGCCCGGCUGUCUUCCAACAGAGAACACGAGGAGAACCUAAAGCUGCGAUCAGAAAUAACCGCUUUGCAAGAGAUGGCGGGGGAAGUGCAGGUGCUGAAUGAGCAGCUAAGCCAACAGUGUGAAGAACUGAGCGACACCCUCCGAAGCGUUACUAUGGAGAACGCUAAACUUAUCUCUGAUCACCAGGCCGCUCUGAAGGCAGAACAGGACAAAAUUAAUCGGAAGCUGCAAGAACAAGACCUGCUUCUGGAUGCUGCCCGGGCCAACAUUACAGGAGAGCUGCAGAACUUGCAGAAAGAGAAAGCUGAGCUUCAGAGAGAGAGAGAUGCCCUGCUUGCUGAGCACGCUGACUGCAAACAGAAAGCUUGUGAAGAUGCGGAGACCACGGCCACCCAGAAGGAGCUCCUGGAGGCCAUGGUUGCCAGGUUACAAAGUGAACUAGAGACAGAGCUGAAGGAGAAGGAGAGACGAGAGGAAGAGAUGCAGAGAACAGUCCGUGAAAUAACGCAGGAGAACACCAAAUUGGAAGCAGAAUUGACUGGAAAUAAGCUGGAAAUUGACCCUUUGAAAGACAGACUGGCUUCACUGGAAGAAGAAAACAAGAAAUUAACAGAGCGGGAAGCAUCCCUGGAACACCAGCUGCAUGCCCAGCAACAAGUGGAGCAGGCCCUAGCAAACCUGACGGAGGACAAAAAUAAACUGGUGUACGACAACGGAAAACUUCAGAGUAGGAUGAAACAGCUGGAGGAAGAACUGCAGCCCCUCGCAGAAGCCCAUUCCGAGAACAGUCGGCUUCGUAAACUGAACACAGCCUUGGAGACCGAAUAUAAUCAGGUGAAUGCCGAACUUGGCUCCCUCAAAAGGAGCUUGCAGAAGACACAAGCGCACCUUAAACAGACACGGUCUGCCCUCGAAUGCAGAGAGGAGGAUUUUUUUCUGGCAGCCCAAUCCCGUGACGAGGCAUUAAGGGAGAACGAGGAGAUCAAGCAGCUGAUGAGCACGAAUGAAGAAAGAGGGAAACGGAAGUUGACAUUGCUGCGGCGCAAGCUGGAAGAAGCCAAGGGGGACAAUCUCAAAGUGACCACUCUGCUCGAGAACGUGCUGACUUCUCACAAGAAAAUGGAGAAGUCUCUGGAGAAGACGCAGGCGGAGCUGGCCCGCAAGGAUUCGGAGCUCGCCAGCUUGAGGAAGGAUAGGACCCAAAGCCAGCAACAAAUCCAGAAGUUGGAGGCAGAAUUGGAGCAGUGCCAUAGCCAGCUGUCCUUGGAAUCUCAACACAGUAUUAAGACGGACCCGCUUCGUAAAGCCCUGGAAGUCAUGAAAGGGGACAACAAGAGGCUGGCCCAAAACCUGGAGCAGACGCUGGAGAGCAACAGCCUCCUGCAGAGCCAGCUGGCACGCUUGCAAGAAGAGCUGGAGAGUAAAGAUGCCGAGUACCAGCAGCUUGUGGAGUGCAGGGACCAGCUGAUCGAGGAAGCCAAGGUGGAGGCCCAGCUGUGUGCCCAGCGCCUGGAGACCCUCAAGAAGCAGUUCCAGGUGGAACGAGAAGCGAUCAAGAAAGCGGCCCAGAAGGAAUCGGCUGAGCUGAAGAAAGCCCUGGACGAGGUCUACUCUAAGUCUGCUGACGUGUCACGCUGUAACAGGGAGCUGCGGGCCAAAGUGGUGGAGCUGGAUGAGGCGCUGGUCAGUCACAAGGAGAGGGUGAAGAGGCAGAAAGUGUUGAUCACCCAGUACUUUAAUUCCAAGACGAAUAAUGCCCGGAACACAGACAGGAUAAAAGAAAUUGAACAGGAGUUGAGGCAAAUGGAAGAGAUGAAGGAGCAGUACCAGAAGAAAAACCAAGAGCAGUCUGUCAGUAUCAAGCAAUUUAUCAACGAACUGGCAUGCCUUCAGACCGAGAUGCAGCAGCUGGCCCGGAAUCAAGAAGAGGUGGCCAUGCAGAACAGACACCUGGAGGGGCGGCUGGAAGUCGAGCAUCAGCAGAGGCAACAGCUGGAGGAGCAGUGCAAGACUCUGGAAGAGACAGUCACAUGCUUGAAGAAAUGCAAAGAGGAUACCGAAAAGAAACUGAAAGAAGCCAGCGUAGAGUCCGAACAGAUAACAGCUAAUCUAGAGGAAGCGCAUCAUUGGUUCAAGUCCAAGUUUGACAGUCUGCAACGGGAGCUGGCCAAAAACCGGCAGCAGAGGAUGCCUGGAGAACAAGUUUAUGAAGAAGAGGAAAGGCUGGUGAAGCUCCCCAGCCAGGCAUGCCUGAAGCGCUGGGAGACCAAGCAGCACCUGAAGCUCAUUGCCAGGAAGUAUCUGAGCUGAAUUAGCCAUGGGCCUCGGACUGGCGAAGUUCCCAGUGGCAGGAGGCAAUGGCCCCGUGCCUGUAAACGAGACUUAUCAGACAAAGGAAGCUGCCAUGUGCCAGCGGUGGUAGUACUCUGA